UCGUCUCUCCCGCCUCUCAAUGCGUGGCCCUACUUUCUCAAGUCCGAGCGACGCGAUGCGUCUGAUCGACAUAUUCACCAUUGCCCCUCGAUCCUCGAAGCUUCACUAAUACACGCCUGCCGGUGAGACCACAGCAGCACAUCAUAACACCGGAGGAGGAGGAGCAGCACCUGCUAGCUCAUCAUGACAGCCUCGAUCACCAAGCUGCUCGGCCUCGCCGCUUACACCGGUCUCGUCGCCGUCACCGUCCCCUACGUCCAGCAGCACCACCGCGACAUCCUCCCCUCGCGUGUCUUCGACGCCUUCUUGCCGCGACACCCAGCAGGGGAUGUCGCCGAGGGCGGCACCACCACCACCCUCGCAGACCCAUUCGUGUGCCAUGCGCAGAAUUACACGACCCAGAUCGUCUCGCUCGACCCUCUCGUCGUCUACAUCCACAACUUCCUCGGCGAGGCCGACAUCGCCGCCCUCCUCGCCGCCGGCGAGCCCGCCUUCCGGCCCAGCCACGUCGUGAAGCACGGCCGCACGCAGGGCACGCCCGACCGGACCUCGUGGUCGGCGGGGCUCCCCGCCGACGACGCUGCCGUGCGGUGCGUGCUGCGCCGGGCCGAGGCCUUCAUGGGCACGACGCUGGCGCCGGGCCGCGACGAGAUCGGCCCGCCGCAGCUGGUGCGGUACACGGCGGCGCAGCGGUUCAACCUGCACCACGACUGGUACGACGCGUUCCAGCCGGAUCGGGUCGGGGGCCGCGACCGGCGGUGGAACCGGAUCGCGAGCUUCUUCGCCGUGCUGCAGGACGGGUGCACCGGCGGCGAGACGUGGUUCCCCGCGCUCCGGGCUGUCACGCCGCAGCACCUGCGGGACGAGCGGGAGGGGGAGGGGGAGGGGGAGGGGGAGGCCCCGAGCCCGCCCUGGCGGAAGCACGAGGACGGCGGGCUGGCGUUUCGGCCGGUGAGGGGCAACGCCGUGUUCUGGGUGAACCUGCACGCCAACGGGACGGGCGACGAGAGGGUUCUGCACGCGGGCCUGCCGCUGGGCAGCGGGUUAAAGACGGCGAUGAACAUCUGGCCGAGGCAGUAUAUCGGGCCCGAGGCGUGGGCGGAGGGACAAGAGCCGCGGGAGGAGGAGGAGGAGAAGGAGAAGGUAGGUGAUCGGCAGGGCAAGCAGGAAGAGGUGGUGAAGAAGGAGGAGGAGGAGGAGGAGGAGGAGGAGGAGGAGGAAGAGGAGUUGGUUGUUGAUGAUGCCGAGGUUGAUCCUAUUUAGACUGGGACUUGGGUCAACGUAUAUUGUUCCCGGAUGUUUUCCCAUAUUGGCUCUGGCAUCUUGUCUUUGUCUUGAGAUGUCGUAAAAAUGCUGUGAGAAAGGGCCAGCCAGCCAGCCAGCCAGUUUCUAAGAGACAAAAGUGCUCUCUUGGAUUUUAUGUUGUCUCAGCACCUUUCAGUCAUGUCUUUUCAAUCACAAGGACACGACAGGCCUUACAUGACC